UGUCAAAAUGUCGAACAGCCCAUCUGAAACUAAUGCUGUUUCUGAGCCUGCUCUUAAGAACCACUCAUCUGAUGAGAAACAAAACACAGCUUCAGCGGAAUUCACUUCAAAACCGGCAAAAAAUAAUGAAUUUGUCGAAGGUGACCUCGAAGAGUUUGCAGAGAGACUGGGAAUCAAAGAAUUUACAGAAAAUAAAGUCAAGUGGAAAAAAUUUUACAACUUCGCUGGCUUGAACUUUGUUUGGCCUUCCGAAUUGAACGCCUAUGAGCAUCGUGAAGUCUUUGAUUACAUUGUUGAUCCUAUUUGGGAGCCAGACGGAAAGGAACUUGCAAUAAAUACGAUCGAGUAUCGUCGUCUACUUGAAUCCGGCAUUCUUGAUGAACCGAAAGGAACGCGAAUUGUCGAUCCCAUUCGGGAGCCAGACGGAAAGGAACUUGCGAUCGAGUGUCGUCGUCUACUUGGUUCCGGAACUCUUGAUGAAUCGAAAGGAACGCGAACGCACGUUUUACUUGUUCAUGGGAAAGUAAUUGGGUACGGAAACGAGAUAUCUUCAAAACAAAGCAAAGAAUUACAGAAAAAGUUCCCAGGAUGCUUCUACGCACCUAUUGUUGAACCUUUUGUUGAGUUACGCAGAUUCUAUGCUGUUGCUGAUAAUAAUACGAAAGAGUGGCAGGACUAUAUACUAUUCGUUUCGGUUUCACAAAUGUCCCGAUGUCCGCCCGCUCACUGUUUGAGUCGAUAUCCAUACAUUCGUAUUGGUUCUAUCGGUUAUUUCGGUUAACGUCACUCUUUGUUUAUUCAUGUGACAAAAAUAAAAAUAAAAAUAGAACAAAGAUUUGCUUGUUUGAUUACGUUAUACCGUUUAUUUUUAUACCGUUUAUUUUUUAAUUAAUAAUUAAUCAAAAUUAAAAUAGAAUAAAAUCAUAAAAUCAUAAUUUUUUUUUUUU